AUGUCUGUUCAAGGCAUUAAUACUAAUAAAUACAGCGAAUUGAGGAGUGAUUAUAAAUAUUAUAUCGAUUCAUAUAAUGCAAUUUAUAGGUUAAAAACAGAAAAAGAAGACGAAAUCAACUCAAUUUACAAUUUGAUCAGAACAGAAUUAAUUGAUUCAAAGAAACAUUGUGUGCAAACCAUUAUAAGAGAUGUUUUAAAUGUGAUUCCGUAUAAUAACCGCUAUGCAAAAUCAUACUUAAAACUCGCGAAACUCAUAUAUGAUAAUAAUGAAGUGAAAGAGGUUAAAGAUAUCGAUAGUAUUUCAAACUUCCUAUUUUAUAAAGAAUAUAGUAUUAUGCUAGAAAAUACUGAUGAUUUCGAAGAAAUAGAAGUAAAUUAUAUAGAUAUUCAUUCAGAAAAUUCAAUUUACAGAGCAAUUAUGAAUAAUGAUAUAAAAAACUUUAUAUGCUUCAUAGGGGAAGAAGAAUUUGAUGAAGAUCAAAAACUUGAAAGCGAUUUAUAUCCACACUCUAAGAAAGAAUAUUCAUUACUUGAAUUAUGUUGUUACCAUGGAGCAGUUGAUUGUUUCAAGUUCUUAAGAACGAAAUUUGACUCAGAAAUAACUCAAAAAUGUCUAGAAUUAUCAUUUUUAGGAGGAAAUGCAGAGAUCAUGAGCGAAUGUUUGAAAUAUCAAACACCAGAUGAAGAAUGCAUGAUAUAUGCAAUUAUUUCACACAAUAUUGAUUUUGUUACAUUCUUGAUGAAUGAGUACGAUUUAGUGAUCAAGUUACAUUGUUGCGGAAUAUACAAUAAUCUUGAAUCAUUUUUAGUGUAUUUCGAUCAUAUUAAUGAUUUUAACGAAUGUUUCAUCUAUUCAACCAUUUUUAAUAUCCCAUCAUUUUCCGAAUAUUUUUUUUCAAGAGUUAAUGACAUCAAUGUUAAAAGUAAAAAUGGAAUGACAGCUCUUCAUAUUGCGGCAGAAUUUGAUAGUAAAGAAACAGCCAAACUUCUUAUUUCACAUGGUGCAAAUAUCAAUGAAAAAGAUAAUGAUGGAAAUACUGCUCUUCAUAUUGCAACAAAAAAUAAUUGUAAAGAAAUAUCUGAACUUCUUAUUUCACAUGGUGCAAAUAUCAAUGAAAAAGAUAAUGAUGGAAAUACUGCUCUUCAUAUUGCAACAAAAAAUAAUAGAAAAGAAACAGCCCAACUUCUUAUCUCACAUGGUGCAAAUAUCAAUGAAAAAGAUAAUGAUGGAAAUACUGCUCUUCAUAUUGCAACAGAAAAUAAUAGAAAAGAAACAGCCCAACUUCUUAUCUCACAUGGUGCAAAUAUCAAUGAAAAAAGUAAAAAUGGAAUGACAGCUCUUCAUUAUGCAGCAAGAUCUAAUAGUAAAGAAACUGCUGAACUUCUUAUUUCACAUGGUGCAAAUAUCAAUGAAAAAGAUAAAUAUGGAGCAACAGUUCUUCAUAUUGCAGCAGAAAAUAAUUGUAAAGAAAUAUCUGAACUUCUUAUUUCACAUGGUGCAAAUAUCAAUGAAAAAGAUAAAUUUGAAAAUACAGCUCUUCAUUAUGCAGCAAGAUCUAAUAUUGCAGCAAAUGAUAAUAAAAAAGAAUAUAUCGAAUUUCUUAUUUCACAUGGUGCAAAUGUCAAUGAAAAGGAUGAUUAUGGAGAAACAGUUCUUCAUUAUGCAACAAAAUUUAAAAGUAAAGAAACAGUUGAACUUCUUAUUUCACAUGGUGCAAAUGUCAAUGAAAAAGAUAAAUAUGGAAUAACCGCUCUUCAUUUUACAGCAUUCCAUAAUAGCAAAGAAACAACUGAACUUCUUAUUUCACAUGGAGCAAAUAUCAAUGAAAAAGAUAAAUAUGGAAAAACCGCUCUUCAUGAUGCAGCAUAUAAAAAUAGUAAAGAAACUGCUGAACUUCUUAUUUCACAUGGUGCAAAUAUCAAUGAAAAAGAUAAUGAUGGAAAUACUGCUCUUCAUAUUGCAACAAAAAAUAAUAGAAAAGAAACAGCCCAACUUCUUAUCUCACAUGGUGCAAAUAUCAAUGAAAAAGAUAAUGAUGGAAAAACCGCUCUUCAUUAUGCAACAAGAUUUAAUAGUAAAGAAACAGUUGAACUUCUUAUUUCACAUGGUAUAAAUAUCAAUGAAAAAGAUAAAUAUGGAGAAAUCGCUCCUCAUUUUGCAGCAUACUAA